UUGGUUUGCUUCUGUCAUUUCUCCUGGUCGGUCGGUGUCCAGAGCAAGAUGUCGGCCAGAGGAGGAAAGAAGAAGGCGACCAAGCUGUCCCGGUCGUCCCGGGCCGGUGUGAUCUUCCCCGUGGGCAGGAUGAUGCGGUACCUGCGCACCGGCACGCACAAAUACCGCAUCGGCAUGGGAGCACCCGUCUACAUGGCAGCUGUGAUCGAGUACCUGGCAGCUGAGAUCCUGGAGUUGGCGGGAAACGCGGCGCGAGACAACAAGAAAGGCAGAAUAACCCCCCGACACAUCAAGCUGGCUGUGGCCAAUGACGAGGAGCUUAACCAGCUUCUGAGGGGGGUGACCAUUUCAAACGGAGGGGUCCUGCCCCGGAUCCACCCGGAGCUCCUCUCCAAGAAGCGGGGGGGCCGCGUCAAAGUGGACAGCCAGGCGCCGGCCCCCGAGAAGCGGGACGAGCGGCCCAAGACCAAGAAGCCCGUCAAGUCCGUCAAAAAGGUCAAAGGGAAGCGAGGCCGCAAGCCAAAGGUCAGUGGGGUCCGGCCGGUGGACAGAGUGUGCAGACCCGGUAAUAAAUAUCAGAGAGUGGGUGAAGACAGACAGGAGCUGGACAUGUGA